AUGUCAUUCCGCAAGCGCAACAUCGGUGUCCAAAGAUCUCCGAUCGCAUCUACAUCAGCAGAUGGUCAAGUAGAGACACAUACCGCUCCCGCACCGACAGCCUCAGGCAUUCGGCCGUCGCCAUUGACUGGACAACCAACGACGUCAACAGGAGCUUACUCGCUGGACAGUUUGCUAGGUGGCCAUGCAGGGUUAGCGCUCGGCUCAUCGCUGCUUGUUGAAGAGAGUGGAACCACGGACUUUGCUGGCGCUCUGUUGCGAUACUAUGCUGCUGAAGGCAUCAUCCAAAGUCACACUGUGCAUCUUGUAGGUGCUGGCGAGCAAUGGAUCAAGGACCUGCCAGGCUUGGUAGGAGAUGCCGAAGCUGCAGAAGCUCAGAAGCAAGCAAAGAGCGACGAGAAGAAGAUGAAGAUUGCGUGGAGAUACGAAAGAUUGGGACAAGUGGACGCCGAUCGAGGCAGUAGAGUCGUCCCUCAACGUGGUCCCGCCCCUGUCCAGGUCUCUGAGCAACAAGAGGAACAACAAUCGCUGGCUUUCUGCCACACCUUUGACCUUGCAAAGCGUCUCGCAGUACCUGCUGAGGCUGAUAUCAAUCACAUCGCCAUAUCCCCUCAAUCACCGCUGUCUGCUAUCCUGCAGAACGUUGCCCAGCGACUAACUACCUCUAUGCCUCACACGAUACAUCGCCUAGUGAUACCCUCCCUCCUAUCGCCCGCCCUGUAUCCACCUUCGGCCGGUGCACCAGACAACUUGCUUCAAUUCCUGCAUUCGUUGCGCUCCUUGCUUCGACAAUAUCCCGGCCGUCUGACCGCCAUGAUCACACUUCCACUAGAGUUAUAUCAUCGCUCGUCCGCCCUUGUCCGAUGGGCCGAAACUCUUUCUGACGGUGUGCUCGAACUCACUCCUUUCCCACAUCUGAUGGACGCUGCGAACAGUUUGGCAGAGAGUGGUGGAGCAAGAGCAACAGACGAACAGCCACAAGGAAUGUUGAAACUACACAAACUGCCAGUGACUACCGAGCGUGGAGGAGGAGGUGCUGCCGCCGGUGUGGGCGAUGAUUUGGCCUUCACCGUCAGCAGACGACGAUUCGUGAUUAAGCCUUUCAGUCUGCCGCCAGCAGAAGGAGAUACCGAGGCCCAGCAAGGCAAUGCUGAAGGAGGUGCGCUAGGCAAGGCCACAAAGGUCGAUAUAGAGUUUUAG